AGUCCCAUUCCAUGGGGCGUCGCAAUUUGAUUUGAACUUCAGAAGUCUCUCUCUCUCUCUCUCUCUCAAUGUCGCUGACCAGUUUCAAAGAGACUCUAAAACCAUGCACCAAUCCCUCUUCCUUCACCUCCUCCGAUACCAAUUCAUCAAUCUCCCACGAAUUCAACCAGCCCCUUCAAAGAAAACCCCCCAAAUCCUCGCUCUCCCAGCAACUCCUACGCAUCCAAGACCCACCUCCUUUCCAGCUUCCUACCCGUCUCCCAGAAAAACAAGAAGAUAAGCAUGACGCUGUCGAUGUUGGCGUUGAUGACGAUGAAGAAGAAGAUGGGCCCCACAUUCCCUCCGAACGAAUCGUUCCUUCCCUUUACCAUUCCGAUCACAGGGGUCCCUUCGAGCCGUUGAUCCUCUCUUCCCCUACAGAGACUCCGGUCGUCCAGGUCCCUGCAUCAAUUAAUUGUAGGCUCCUUGAACAUCAAAGAAUAGGAGUCAAGUUCUUGUAUAAUUUGUACAAAAAGAACCAUGGGGGAGUUCUUGGAGACGACAUGGGUCUAGGGAAGACCAUUCAAACAAUUGCUUUCCUGGCUGCUGUGUUAGGAAAAGAAGCGGAACAUGGCGAGUCUAAGAUGGUCAAGAGGGACCUUGUAGGCAAGAAGGGUCCCGUACUGAUCGUUUGCCCUACUUCCGUUAUUCACAAUUGGGAGAAUGAGUUUUCUGAAUGGGGAACCCUCAAUGUUGCUGUCUACCAUGGACCAAACCGUGAUCUGAUUCUCGAGAAACUAGAAGCAUGCAGUGUCAUGAUACUUAUAACCAGUUUUGACACGUUCAGGAUCCAUGAUGAAAUCCUAUCAGAGAUUCAGUGGGAUAUUGUGAUAGUUGAUGAAGCACAUAGAUUAAAGAAUGAAAAAUCCAAACUAUAUAGAGCGUGCCUAAGAAUCAAAACUCCCAAACGCUUUGGUCUUACAGGGACCAUAAUGCAGAAUAAAAUGAUGGAGUUGUUUAAUUUGUUUGAUUGGGUUGCACCUGGAUGCUUGGGGACGCGGGAGCAUUUUCGGGACUUCUAUGAUGAACCACUGAAGCAUGGACAAAGAUCAAGUGCGCCUGAAAGAUUUGUUCAGAUUGCUGACAAGCGCAAGCGGCAUCUGGUGGAGGUGCUCCGCAUGUAUCUGUUGAGAAGGACCAAAGAAGAAACUAUUGGGCAUCUCAUGAUGGGAAAAGAGGAUAAUGUUGUUUUCUGUGCGAUGAGUGAGUUGCAAAAGCGUGUAUACAGAAGGACAUUAGGACUACCGGAUAUCCAAUGUCUUAUAAAUAAGGACCUGCCUUGUAGCUGCGGAAGCCCUCUAACUCAGGCCGAGUGUUGCAACAGGACUGUCCCAAAUGGGAUCAUAUGGCCUUACCUUCACAGGGACAACCCUGAAGGGUGUGACUCAUGCCCCUUCUGCGUUGUUCUUCCUUGCCUUGUGAAGCUUCAGCAGAUAAGUAAUCACCUGGAGUUGAUUAAGCCAAACCCUAAAGAUGACAUAGAGAAACAAAGGAAAGAUGCAGAGUUUGCCUCUGCUGUCUUUGAUACUGAUAUUGAUUUGGUUGGUGGAAAUACUCAAAGCGAGAGUUUCAUGGACCUUAGCAAGGUGGAACAUUGUGGGAAAAUGCGAGCUUUGGAAAAGCUAAUGUUAUCAUGGGUUUCAAAAGGCGACAAGAUUCUUCUAUUCAGCUUUUCUGUUAGGAUGCUGGACAUACUGGAAAAGUUUCUUAUCCGGAAAGGAUACUGCUUUUCGAGACUCGAUGGUGCGACCCCAAUGAGUUCUCGCCAAACCCUUGUUGAUGAAUUUAACUCAAGUCCAAGCAAGCAGGUGUUCCUCAUCUCAACUCGAGCAGGUGGGCUUGGUCUUAAUCUUGUCAGUGCAAACCGUGUUGUGAUUUUUGAUCCAAACUGGAAUCCUGCACAAGACUUGCAAGCUCAGGACCGAUCAUUUCGCUAUGGGCAGAAACGACAUGUUAUAGUCUUUCGCCUUCUUGCGGCCGGUUCCAUUGAGGAGCUUGUAUAUUCCCGUCAGAUAUAUAAACAACAGCUAUCAAACAUUGCUGUUUCAGGAAAAAUGGAAAAACGUUACUUUGAAGGCGUCCAGGACUGCAAGCAAUUUCAAGGGGAACUUUUUGGAAUUUGCAAUUUAUUCCGUGACCUCUCUGAUAAGCUUUUUACUGGUGAGAUCAUUGAGUUGCAUGAAAAACGUGGACUUGAGUGUAGGGAUUCUCAUGGCACAAAGGAGGAUUCAACUGAACAUGGGACGAAUCCUAUAAAUAAAAACUUCCUCAUCAGUCAUAAAUUUGUUGACUAUCCUUUUCCAGAGAAAGCAAAUGGAGCAUUUUUGUCAGGGUCUGAAGAUAGAAAAUCUGGUGAUGCGUUCAUGGAUAAGAAAGAUCAACCAGUUCUCGAAGAAAUGGGAAUCAUAUACGCUCAUCGCAAUGAAGAUAUUGUCAAUACGAGACCUGGGUUUCCGGCAAAGAAGGAUGCAAGUUCUCGUGAGAUUAACGAUAGCAUUAUGACAAAAGAAUUAUCCAGCAACAAUAUUCCAAUGAAAAGGCCGGUGAACAAAGAUGCAAGUGUGUGCAAGAGUGACAAUGGCAUGGUCACAGUGCAAUCAUCCAGGAACAAAAACCUAACGAAAAUGCAGGCAAGCAAAGAUGCAAGGUUGGUUGGAAAUAACGAUAACAUUCUCACGAAGCAAUCUGGCAGCAAAAAUGUUUCAGGAGAGGAAGCUUCUUCUGUGAAGAGGAAAAAGAGCAGCGAAUUCGGUCUCCUUGCACAGUUUAUGGGCAUGGAGAAGAUGGAGUUCAGCAAGUGGCUACUCUCUGCAUCAUACUCUCAACGGGAAAAGGUUCUCCACGACUAUAAGAGUAAGAAAAGCUAAUAGAGGAGAUGGACAGGUACUGAGUUACCCCCCUUUUUUCCUCUCCGUGAAUAGACACACCAGGCAGGUUGUGGUGUACAGAAAUGUAUAUAUGGUGGAAGAAUGGUAAGCUCUCUUAGUACAGGGAUGCUUGAGCCAAUAAUGGUAGGCUUUUGUACGUGUAUUUGGUGUGUAGGUGUUGGCGCCCAUGGUUUGAGAUCCAGAUCAUUGAUCAGAUAGGCCCAUCUUGCAUAGAUGAUGCCUAAAACUGGACAAUCCUCACCCUCCGACGCCAAAUACUGCAAAUAAGUUGUUGAAAUAUGAAGCAAUGUUCUGCUUUCAAUGGAGAAAAGACCGUAUCAGAUGUUCCUAGGAA